GUUUCCCCCCACCUUGGUACCGCUGAUCUUGCUGGCUCUCUCUUUUGGUAUUCCCCAGCACUACCAGUUCCUUUGCGUUUUCCUUCUGUUGAUAGUCAGUGUUGUCAUGUCAGUCUAAGGAAUUACAUCUCUUCGCCAACAUCUGAGUGUUCAUAUAAAAGAAAAUAUUAAGAAAUAAAAAUGGAAGCAUUUUUGAAACUAUGUUUCUGCUUUUUGACAGUACUACUCUUUAAUGUCGAUUUCAUAGAGGGUAAAAAACCUGUAGUGACUUGCUACGUGGCAGCAUGGGCGGUCAAUAGAGGAAAAUGGAAUAUUAGCGAAGCAGACACAAAGCACUGCACCCAUAUUAUAUAUGCAUAUAUGGGAAUGAAUGAAAACACUAGUGAAAUUAUGAAUGUAGAUCCUUUGAUAGAUCUUGAAGAAGAGGGGAAAGGCAAAGCCCAGCUGAAACAGCUUACAGAACUGAAGAAGGCUAAUCCAGACCUAAAAAUUCUUGCCAGUGUUGGUGGAUGGUUGCAGGGCUCAGUCAAGUUUUCUGAAAUGGCAAGAACUUCUUCAAAGAGUACCACAUUUAUCAACAGUCUCAUAAAGUUUAUAAGGCAGUGGGAAUUGGACGGCAUUGACAUCUGUUGGCAGUUCCCUGGUCAGAGAGGAGGAAAACCAGAAGACAGGAAAAAUUUUGUAAACCUUUUAAAGGAUAUCAAAAAAACAUUUGUGCCUGAGGGAUGGCUUCUCACAGUCCAUAUCAUUGCUCAUCGUGACAAAAUUAGGUUAGGCUAUGAUGUGAAAUCCAUAUCAGAUGCAGUUGAUUAUAUCAAUUUAGCUGCUGUAGAAUAUAAUGGGCCAUGGAUGAGAAACACAGGAAUCAUGGCUCCUUUAAAUUCAACAGAUGGAAAUAAUGUUAUAGCGAGUCUUGAUUAUGUACUUCAGAGAGGUGCGAAUUCCAGCAAAAUAUUAUUAGGGCUCCCAACUUAUGGCCAUGCCUACAUCACAGAUGAUAAAAUUGAAAUUGAAAAGAAGUAUAUUGGAUUACCCUCUGAUCAUGCAUUCCCAUCACCGUGGACACAAGAACCAGGAAUAAUAGCCUACAAUGAGAUAUGCUUCAAUCUGAAAAAUGAUAAAAACUGGAAAGAAGGAUUCGAUAAAAAUUCUUCUACACCAUUUGCUUAUGUGGACAAAAUAUUUGUCAGUUUUGACAAUAAAAGGAGUUUAAUUGAAAAGGCAAAAUUGGUGAUCUCUCGUCGCCUUGGCGGAAUGAUGUUAUGGUCAUUAGAUAUGGAUGAUUUCCAAGGUGUAUGUCAUAAUGAAAGCUACCCAAUGCUUUCUGCUGUCACUGAUUUUCUCAUCAGUGAAGAAGAAAAGAUUGAAAAAACCUUAUUAGGUACAGAGCCAUCCGAAUCAGAAGAUAAACAAGAACACAUUACAAUUGCACCAGAAUCAGCAAAUGAAGGUGGAAAUCAAAUAAAAAAAGUUCAGACAGUUAAUAUUAUAACAAUUGAACUGGACCUGUUCAUUUCAAAAUUGUAUCAUUGUUUAGAAUUUCUUCAGAAGCAAAUCACCCGAAACAAGUCGUAAGCUAAUUACUAUUAUUAUUCAGUUGUUUUAGAUAUUAUUUAUUUUAAGAGUUGUGAUUAAACAACAAUUUGAAAGUUAAAAAAAGUAAUUAUAACAAAAUUAAGAUUUUAUCAGGUAUUAUAUAUAUUAUAUAGGCCAUCAGGUAUUAUAUAGGCCGACUAUUCGGCAUUGGUAGGAUGACUGAUCCCAAGGCAAACUAGCUCAUCAACCUAACAAGCUUACUCCAGUUCAUUGAGACUGAAGAAAUUACACUUUAAAAAUAAAAGGAGUGACUUUAACAGAGGCGUACAAUAGGUCUUCCUGACCGCAGUGCAUUUAUGCCACUUGGAAAAAAGAAAUCGAGUAAAAAGUCCAUUUAUUCAAAUUUUGCAUAAAAUUGAGCCCGCAAACUUCAUUUCAUUGAUGUAAUAAUAAAGAAGAUUCUAUUGAUAGUUAUUAAAAACAACUUAUUAAUUUUAAGUUUAUUCUACCAACAUGUUACCAGAAUAUUCCUUUUACCUUCAUGUUAUUAUUUUUACUGUUCACUAGUUUCUCAUAUCUAUGUAAUCUUUUCUUUCUUUCUGAAACUUGGACUAAUAUGUCGACAAAAAUAAACAUAAUUUAUUUAUUUUU